AUGGACUCCAGUAGUAAGGCUGGUAGGAGCAAGAAACAGUUUAACAUUAGUCAAGGUACCCAAGAUGAUCUGAAUGAAGCAAUACAAAUUGGUUCAGAUGAUACAAGAAACAAAGAAGACAAUGAAGGUGAAUAUCAAUAUCGUCAGACACGUAAAAGAAGAAAUGAUCAAAAUGAUGGUGAAUUAUUAGCACACGCAACUGAUACUCCUAAACGUAGGAACACUGAACGAACUAUCUCGCCUUCAAAUAAACAAACGGAAAAUCAACAAGAAGUAGCAACAACAUCGUAUUUUAAUAAUUAUGGAGCAAAUCGUAAACAUGUUAACAAUACAUUAGAUUAUAUAUAUAUACAUGAAUCAUCUAACAGUAAACAACAACGUGAAGCUUUUCCACCCUUCUGUAUUAAACUAAAAGAAAAUAAUUAUCGAAAACAAGAGGUCGCUAUUAUCAAGGAAUUAAAUAGAAAAUGCAAAUUAAGUUUAACUUAUGGACGAUUGUCGUCCUCCAACAAUCAAAAAUGUUACUUACUUUAUUGCAAUACAGCUGUUCAAUUUGAAACUCUCUUAGACAAAUCUAAAUGGCCUGAUUCACUAUGUAAUAGUGAGUAUACCAUUUCUUUUCCGCGUAGAUUUCCUGCGUCUUACUCAUUGGUGGUGUUGAACAUCCCUACGCAAUGGGAUGUGCAGGACUUCUGUAAUGAACUCAAACUACGCUACAAAACGAUUAUAAAAGGCGAACGUUUAUAUGUAAAAGGUGGAAAACCUAUCUCAAAAAUUCGUAUCGAUUUUUCGUCUAAUAAAGAAUUGAUGGAUAUAUUAAAACAUAAACGAAUAUUACUUGAAGAUGAGAAUACAGCUUAUACUGUUGAACCGUAUACUCUUCCAACAAAAAUACUUCGUUGUUAUAUAUGUCAACAGUAUGACGAUCAUGUAGCGGCACAUUGUCCGAACAAGGACAAACCAAUAUGUUUCAAAUGUGGGCAACAACAUGAAUAUAAUCCAAAUUGUUCAAAUGAUAUCUGCUGUGCGCACUGUAAAGGUACACAUAUGACCGGGAAUCCAUCGUGUCCACUGAAGAUCGAAAUUAGGGAAAAUAAAAAGAUGCAAACAAAAACUGUUCCAUCACGAGUCUUAACGGAAACAAACACUGUAAUUACAAAUAAAUGGACAGGUAAUUCUGUCAAUCAUCUUUUCGGAAGUCAAGUACCUAAAGUGGCAGGAUCGAUGGGGCAAGUUAUAGGAAAAGCAGAUAAUAAUCACCAGAUGAUGGAAAAGCUUAAUAUAAUUGAACAGAAUAUACAAAUAAUACUUCAGCAACAAACAGAACUCAAUCAACAAGUAAAUGAGAUUAACACAAAAAUUAACAACCAAAACAUAGAAAUUAUAAAUCUGAACUAUAUUCUGAAGGACAUCGUUUGUCCACUUUUGAGAGAUGUUACAAAAAUUAUUUAUACUCAUACAAACGCCCAACAAAAGUAUCAACUAAAUCCAGCAUAUAAUAAGCUAGUUAGUUGGCUAGAUCAACAAGCUUCUUCUAUGCCUUUUUCUUUGAUACAAAACUUCUCUAAAACAACAGAUCAACAACGAAUCAAUAUGAUAAAUACACAUACAUUAGAAUCAACUAAUAAUAAUGCUAGUAUGGAAAUAAAUCAUGAAUCCAUUAGCUAA